AUGAUCCAAAUUGACACAUCCCGACUGGAGCAUUACUCGUGCUUCUUACGAGAACUCAGCAUCAUCGAGGACUAUAUAGAGCUCUCUACGUUGGAGUAUCUGGCACCUCAUCUUCCCAGCGACUUCUGCUUCCUCCCACGAACCCGUGUCCUUAAGCUACGUCUCUCGGGUGACAUGGAGGGUUUCGACAUGCUCAUCGGACCCGAGCUCGUGGAUGUGCAUAUUGAAAUCGACAGUGACUGGACGUCAAUGAGGUGUGGCAUCACCUUUCUCGCAAGGAUGUGCUGCGUAUGCACCAAUCUCGAAGUGCUCCGGCUGGAUAUACGUUUUGAAGAAGAAGCUGAAGCUGAGUUGUCGAGUCAUGUUGGUACGUUCGUGCAAAUGGUGCAAUCAACAUAUCCUCGACUACGCAUCCUUCACCUCUUGGCCAUACACGAUUAUGAUUAUCGCUGCGACCCUGAGUUCACGUCGAGGCCCAUCAUCGACCUUCUUCGUACCACGUGCGCUCGCGCCCAAGAAUUCUCGUCGGUCCAUAUUCCAGUCCCUGAAAAUGGUGUCAUCAAGCUCGCGAGAAAUCCUAACCUCCGCGACGUGUGGAUCUGCCUCGACGAGACACCUCUCGAACGUCGUAUCUUCGAAGGGAUCCAUCGUCCCUUCUCGGCUUUGCAUGCUAUGCGCUUCAGCGUCAAGGAGAUGGAUGAAAGUUCCUUAUCUUUUCUGGGCAGCGUCAGCUCAGCGGUCCUCACAAGGCUCAUCAUUGAUGUUGAGGAUGACUCGGAGAACCUCGACUCAACAAUGCUUUGCGCGCAUAUUCAGUGUGUGCAGCAGUCUCCCUUCCGAGACACCUUGACACUCUUUGGUCUGGCUUUUGAUACACGCUCAAACCUCUCAAAGAAAGUCACAUACGAAAUCUUGGGACCGUUGUUUGAUCUCCCUCAGUUCUCAAGACUGUUUCUUCGGCGGCCUUCCGAUGAGCUGGUUCUGACCAUUGCCGGAAAGCAUCCACACAUCGAGUUGAUUACAGAACCCUACUUCCAUUACUUCAUCUCCCCAUCAAUCUCAUCUUCGCAAGCCCAAGAGUCGAAGGAUGAGAUUGGUAAAACGAGUGUCGGCGUCGGGUUCGAACAAGCGAGCGCGAAGGUUUACGGAAGCGAGCGGCGCGGGAAAAGAUCAAAUACGAAGCGGUUUGUCUCGUCCUCGGGGCGGGGAGGCAAACGCGCGAAGUACGAAGGAACAAGGUACUAUCGCGCCGCAGCGCGGCACGUCGGCGAGCCGGUAGUCGGGCAUGUGCUCGCCCGGUUGUUCCAACACUUCUGUCUGCUGUCUCUGGUGCCGGCCGUCGUGCGCCCUCCGACAGAGGAUCGGCUGCUACGAGAGCAGUUUGGCGAGGAGUGGGAUGCGUGGGCACGGAGAGUCCCGUACAGGCUGAUCCCAUAUGUGUACUGA